AUGAAAGCUAGCAUUUGCCAGCAAAAACAUCUAGCACAAAAGUCUCAUUCUGAAAUCACUGUCAAUGAUCUAUCUGUGGAAUUGAAACGUUCAGUUGAAUUGGCCUGUGAGAAGGGUGCCUCCUGCUGGCUGACCGCAAUCCCACUAGAGCAACACGGAUUCACUUUGCACAAAUCUGCGUUUCGAGAUGCCCUGUGCCUCAGAUACGGUUGGCACCCGUCCAACCUCCCAGACAUAUGUCCAUGUGGAUCUAAAUUCUCAGUAGAUCACUCUCUGUCAUGUCCAACAGGAGGAUACCCCAGCAUCCGCCAUAACGAGGUCCGCGAUUUAUUUACCAACUUGUUGACAGAGGUUUGCCACGAUGUACACAAAGAGCCCGUUCUGCAACCUCUCAACGGCGAGGUGUUUCAAAAACGCUGUACUACCUCUGACGAAAAUGCCAGACUUGAUAUUGCUGUCAGUGGAUUUUGGGGUGGGCACUUCCAACGAACUUUCUUUGACGUCAGGGUCUUCAACCCUAAUGCCUCAUCCUACAAAUCAGUGCAGAUCCCGUCAUUAUAUAAACGGCAGGAACAAGAGAAGAAAAGGCGAUACGAGGAACGAAUUAAUAACGUGGAGCUUUCAUCGUUCACGCCAAUCAUUUUAGCAUGCACUGGAGGAUGCAGUAAACUGACGUCUAUUUUUUUGAAAAGACUAGCCUCACUUUUAUCGGAAAAGCACCACACCGAGUACAGCACAACUAUCAACUGGCUGAGAUGUCGACUGUCAUUUGCACUCCUUCGGGCCUGCGUGAUGUGUUUGCGAGGAUGCAGGUCCAAGCUUCACAGAACCUCAAGGGACUUCAACAUUCUGCUGGAAGCAGCAGAAAGUAGAUUAUAGAAGACUGUUUAUCUCAAAGUUGUUACAACCUAGAAACUUGUUGCUAUAGAGGAAGCUUUUACAUACAGUAGUAGUAUGUAGUAGUGUGUUAGCAGAUGCCGUUUGAUUGUUCAAAUACACCAGUUCUCA